AUGUCCUCACCAUCCACACCACGCUCGACGCGUUCCGCGUCGCCCGCCGGCACUUCGCCGAACAUUAUGACUCCAGGCCAGAAGAUCAGGGCCAUGCUGGCUGCAUUUGACAGCGAUUUAGAAGAAGACAAUUGCAGAAUCCCCGAAUCGACAAGUGCACUCUCGAAACUCAAUCUUGGGCGUGACACGAUGCCAACUGCCGAGACACGCGAGAAUGGCGCAACCCACGACUCCGAAUAUUCAGAUAGUGCGGAUGAGAUGAUUCGACCAAAAGGCCGAAUGGCCGCAAGAUUGCAGGGUAAUGUCACAUCGGCUGGGUCCAAGGAUGAGGACUCGGCCUUUGCUCGCGUCUCAAAGGCUAUCCGGUCAGAGCGAACACAAGCGGAGAAGCCGCAGCAGAUUGAACCCGAAACCGAACCUACACCGAACUAUGAGUCCAGUGACGAUGAUCUACCCACUGCUGGCCGGAGACAAAAGAACAUCACCUCCAGCUCUCCCAAAUACAACGAUCGAACCAGCCAAACCCCUCCUCCUGCCAGAGCCUACUCUCCCCUAUUCGUAUCCUCUCCCAGCCAGCCAGAUCACGACGCGGACAUACAACAUGAAUCUGUCGAAUAUUCUGAUACGGAGAAGCCCAAAGGGAACCCCCGUUUCAUGGCACUUGUCGCCCAGAAGCGCAAGGAACGCGAGGAGCGGGAGAAGGAGGAGAAGGAAAAGCGAGCUGCCAAGAAAGCUGCCAGAAGAGCUGAGAACGAGCAUUGGUCCGGGGAGAGUGGUUCUGACAUCCCGCACUCUGCCAGCAGGCUAUCUCAGAAGGCGCGACAACCCCGGAAAGCCAGCAAGAAGGCAAUGGAGGAGAUGAGGCAGGAGACUCAGCGCAUGAGCCGUAACAUGCAGCUGGCUCACCAGGCUCAGACAAAGAAGAAGAUCACCAAGCAGAGCUUGUUUGCCCGAUUUGGCUUCAUGCAACCCGAUACCCCUGCCGAGCAGCCGGCAGGAAGCUCAUCCGUGGCGGCCAACUCACAAAACUCAUCUGACGGAGAACUACGGACCAAUACAAAAGAUACCCCGCAUACUUCCCCACUUGCGGGCCAUGCAGAAACUCACAAAGAGACUAUAGAAUCCGAGCAUGUCCAAGGCGAAGCGGCGGAUGUGGACAUGGACGCGGAAAUGGAACCCCUGCCUCUUCCGUCAGACCUCAUGGUGUUCAAGGAUAAGGCCGAGUUGGCUGAAGAACCUGCGGCUCAGGAAGACCCAACCGCUGCGCCAAAGGACAAAGUUGAAGGCACGACGGCAAAGAAGGUUUCCCACCCAUUGACACAACCGCCCAUCCGCGUGCUGCUUUCUAGGAGAGAGGUUGCUGCACACCAGAGAGACUCAGAUGACUCAGAUAGUGAUCUUGAGGUUGUCACAUCCCCUGGAAAAUGCCGUCGAAUCGCAGCAUUCGAGAACCUGAAAACCAGACAGAUGCAGGAAGACCCAUCCAUGACCAAACUAAAGGCAUUGGCCCACCUCACAUCUCCCACCAGAAAAGCAGCAUCCAUGAACUCCGCAGAGCUCUCUGCAGAUUUGUUGCGGCGCGCUCGACAGCAAGCAGCCAAGGAGCGCCGUGAGCGCAUUGAAGAGCUCAGAGCUAAGGGCGUGGUCAUUGAGACCGCUGAGGAGCGUGCGGCGAUGGAAGACGACAUGGAGAAUCUUGUCGACAAAGCACGCAAGGAGGCGGAAGAAAUCCGCCGACUGGAGAAAGCUGCUAGGAAGGACAACGGUGACGAUGACGAUGAGGAUAAUGACUACGAGCUUUCUGGCUCUGAGGAAGAGGUGGAUAAAGAAGCAGCCGAUGAAGACGAUGCAGAUGAUGAAGAUGACGAAAACGACAGCAUCAACGGCGAUGGGGGGUUGGUCGACCAGGAGGCUGACGAAGAAGAUGACAGUGAGACUGCUGCUUCGGACGUGGAGGGAGAGGUUCCUGUCGCGAGACGCAAAAGGCCAACCAGAGUGGUUAGCGAUGGCGAAGAUGAAGAUGAAGAUCAACAACAGCCACCCUCCACGCCCAUGAGGGCCCCAACUCUUGUCCCGCAGUCGGCGGAACGACCCAAAUUCCCUGGCAUGCGGACCUCGGGCGAUAUGUCCUUGGGUCUUACUCAAGCCUUCGCCUCUACUUUGGAUGGAAAUGGCCUUGGAACCCCCGCGUCCACUAUUCCUUUCUCGCUGCCCGACCCUGGUCGGCCAGUACCCCAACUUCAGAAGCAGGAAUCGGAGGUCCUGGUUCCAGACAGUCAGCCUCAGCCCCAAGACAAAGACUUCCGAGAGGGCUAUACACAGAGCACUGUGACCCGAGUAUCAGAGUCGCCCGCACCAUAUGCCUUUUCCGAGUACUCUCACUCUCAGCUCCCCGACCCGACACAGGAUGAAGGCUUUGUCUUUUCACCAUUCGACCCUGCGAAACGGUUCAGAGAUACCCCGCCGGCGUCCACUGUCGACACAGUACUCAUAGGCCAAUCGCAGUCACCUAUCGCUGACCGCAAGCGCAAGAUGCUACGACGAGGACGUGUCUCUGAACUCCCUCUGGUCGAUGAGGGCGAUAGUGAAGGCGACUUUGAGGUCGACGCAAACGCCUUCAACGUCAUGAAGAAGGCCGCCUCGAAAAAGAAUGCAGCACCACGGUAUGACAAGAAAUCCAGCAAAGCCAAAGAUAUCGUCGAUGAAGCUGCCGAGGAAUCCGAGGAUGAAUAUGCAGGCCUUGGAGGUAUCAGCGACGAGAGCGAUGGAGAAGAAAAUGCCAUCGAUCGCCAGAUGAUCAAUGACAACAGCGGCGAGGUGGUCGACGAGAAAGAACUCGCCGCACUCAACGCUAUCCACGAUCGUAAUCGCGACGAAAAAGACGUCGCCAAGCUCAUGAGAGACAUCACAACCGGAGCCCUCCGUCGCCGCAAAAAUGCAGACGACGACUUCGACCUCGACGACUCAGACGACGAGCUCCUAGCCCGUCGCCGCCAGAAACAACGCGAAUUUGCCAAGAUGCGUCGCGCCCUUCUGGCAGACGAGAAAGUCGGCGAGCUAGCCGAGAACCCCAAGAAGGCAGCAUUCUUCCGCGCCGUCGAGGACCGCGAAUUCGACGAUGAUUUCAACAUCGAUUUCCUAGAGGAAUCAGAAGGCACUUCCCAGGCCGAAGCCUCCCAAGACGCCACUGGAACGGAGGACCACAACAGCGCCUCCGAUUUCCACAAGCGCAAACGCCCCCUGGAACCCUCAGCCGAGGACGCAACAAAUCGUCCACCACCUCACCUCCGCCGCACACCGGCCAGCGCAAUGUCCAAGAAACCAGCAACCCUAGCUGAAAUCCGCGAAACGCUCUCCUUCCUCACCGAAACCCACGAAUACGAGUCCUUCCAAGAAGCCGCCUCACUAGACGCAGACGAAGAUCAAGAUCAAGAUCAAGACAACGAAGACUUCGAUCACUCAGCAGAAGCAACAGAAACCGACCAACCACAAGAAACAUUCAUCAAACCCCAAAACCCACGUCGCACCCGCGGCGUCGUGGUCGACCGCCUCGCCCUCCUCCGACAAGCCUCCUCCAACUCAGCAACAACGUCAACCACCUCCGCAAACUCCAAACUCGCUUUCUACAGCGGCAGCGGCGGAGAAGGACCCAUCGGGUUCCGGCCUCCACAGCUUCUGCGCCGCGUUACGUCUGGAUCCUCUUCUUCCGCGAGUUCGAGUUCUAGUCGUGUUUCGAAGGCUGCGGCUUCCGGGCCGAAGAAGGGCGGUGCGGUUAAUUCUUAUACGGCUGCCAGAGAGAGGGAGCGCGAGAAGGAGUUGAGGAUUAAGGAGAGAGGUGGGGGAUCGAAUAUUGCUAAGUUGCUUGGGAAACAUACUGGUGGUGGGCUGACGGCUUUGGAUAAGGGGCAGUGGGAUUAG